AUGCAGCGCCUCACAUUCGUUUUCGCCCUUGUCGCUGCCCUCACAGCCAAUGUUCACGCAUCGUCAUCAUCAUCAUCAUCAUCUGCAUACGACGACCUCCACCAACUGUUCAAACGGGACGCCGAGAAGCUGCCCUACGACACGCUGCCCGAUACCAACUGCACACAGCCCACCGCUUGCUCCAGCAUCUCCCAGCCCGUCUCCGAGUGCCGCUGCAGUCCCUUGCUGACCAUCUGCAGAAACGACAAUGGCGAGUUCUGCUGGGGCUCGCAGACCUUGAAUCAGGACCAGGGCUGUCCUGCUGCUCCCGACUCGUGCAGCAGCGCAAACCUCAACGGCACCUCGUCCUGUCUCUGCAACAGCGACACUGUCCUCUGUGUCGACAACUACAGACACUACUGCUAUGGCUCCUAUGAAGGCUCCGGCGCCCAGGCGUCUGUCUCAGUCCAGGCUUUCCCUUCGGAUGGCGCUGCUCCUUCCUCUGCCGCAAGCGAUGAUGCCUCGAGCAACGAGUCCAACGAAUCCUCGGCCUCCUCCAUCACCGCUUCGUUCCUUGGCACUGCUGCUGUUGUAGGCACUGUUGUAUCGCUCUCCCUCUAA